AUGAUCAAACAGAGAACAACUUAAUUGAUUUUUGGAGCUAUCAUUACAAUUGCAUUAUUCGGAGCCUACAUUCUCAUUACAUAGCUAUAAAGAGGAGAAAAUAACUUUCCAAACAAGGAAAUCCUCAAUGGUCAAGAUAAUGAUCUCUAUCUUUUCACAGACUACAUUAGAGAUUUCAAUAAAAUUUAUGAGGAUAUAAAUCAUUUUAAAGAAGCCUUCACAAACUUCAAAGAAUAGUUAGCUUAGAUUUAGAGAUUCAACAGUGAAUCAACAACAGAUUUGAAACUUGGUCUAAACUAGUACUCUGAUCUCUCCCAAAAUGAUUACUCGAAAAUUCUACAAGUAGCUAACUUUAAUGGUUCAGAGAGUAACUAAGUUAUCUCUACUGACACAGUUAUUCAACAAAUUACAGAAAUUGAUCAAGUCAGCGAUUAUAGAAUUCUUUAAUAACUUCCAACUUCUCUAGAUUUUCGCACAAAAAAUAAUUAUCUUUCCCCUGUAAAAAAUCAAGGAAAAUGUGCAUCAGCAUAUGCUUUUGCUCCAAUGGCACUGAUUGAAUACUUAUACCGCAAGAAUAAUUAUUAGAAAUAUAAGGAUAUUGAUUUUUCUGAGUAAUAUAUUGUGGAUUGUUCAAAUGGUUAUUUGUCUUAGAACUUUGGUUGCAUUAAGGGUACUGUUUACCAUUCAUUACUUUUUAUGUAGAGAUAUAAAUUUCCGUUGGAAAAAAAUUAUCCCUAUGUUGGUAGAUCUAAGAAAUGUGACAGCUCAGCUUUCUAGAGUUAAGAGAAUUAUGGAAUUUCAUCAUUCUUACAAUUUCAAGUUUAAUUCUCAUCACAACUUUAAUAAAUUGUAUAAGAAGGUCCAAUAGUUGCUCUAGUAGCUUCGUAAUCUCCAGCUUUUAGGAGCUAUAAAAGUGGAAUCAUCACUCCUUCAAGAUGCAUUGGAAAUCCAGAUCAUGCAGUGCUAAUUAUUGGAUAUGGAAUCUCUUAUGAUAAAAAAUACUGGAUAUUUAGUAAUUCAUGGGGUACUAGCUGGGGAGAAAAUGGAUUUGGAAAAAUUGAGAUGAAUGAUUUAGAUUUUGGAACUUGUAUGAUGUAUUUUGAAUUAUACAAAAUAAAUAUUUGA